CGCCGAUUGUGCUUCGACUUCAGUGCAACGUUCGUACAGUGUUCGAACAGUAUCAACGUCACAAGCGAAAUAUUUUUUGCAAAGUAAAAAAGUGAAGUUUUUUUCAAUUCUCACCACCUGAACCGAUAGAAAAAACAUGAGGGGGAGAAAAAAGAAUGAUACAGUGACAAAAUCAUUGGAAAAAAAAAGGAAGAUUCUUCCAGUCUCAGAGUAACUCUAAGUUCUUAUAAUUCUGCCAAGAGAACAACACGAUCAAAUAAAAGCAGCAAAAAUGAUUUCGAGUCCUUGGAAAACGUCAAGUUGAAAAAAUCAACAAAAAAAAUUGCUGCAUCAAAAAUUGAGAACUCAGAUACCCAGCAUAAGUCACCUAAUAAGGAUUGUGACGACAAUGCACAGAAAAUGAGUGACUCUAUUUCGAUUGCCAAUGAGCUUCAAACAAAUUCUGCAACAGCAAUGACCAGCGUCGUAACAAAUUCUUCAACAGCAAUGACCAGCGUCGUAACAAAUUCUUCAACAGCAAUGACCAGCGUCGUAACAAAUUCUUCAACAGCAAUGACCAGCAUCGUAACAAAUUCUUCAACAGCAAUGACCAGCGUCGUUACAAAUUCUUCAUUUAUCAGCAGUGAUACAAUUUCUCCAGCAGUAACUACCAGCGUCAAUACCAAUUCUUCACUAGUAAUUACCAGCGUUGAUACAAAUUCUUCACCGGUAACUACCAGCGUCAAUACAAAUGCUUCACCAAGAAUUACUAGCGUCGAUAUAAAUCCUUCACCAGUGAUUAUCAGCGUUGAAACAACUUUUUCACCAGUAACUACCAGCGUUGAAACAACUUCUUCACCAGUAACUAGCAGCGUUGAAACAACUUCUUCACCAGUACCUACCAGCGUCAAUACAAAUUCUUCACCAGUAAUUACCAGUGUUGAUAAAAAUUCUUCACCGGUAAUUACCAGCGUCAAUACCAAAUGCUUCACCAACAAUUACCAGCGUUCAUAAAAAUUCUUCACCAGUAGUUACCAGGGUCGAUACAAAUCCUGGAGAUAUUCCUGAAAAUGAUUUUUCUCCACACUGUGACAAUCCCGCAACAAAUUACAAUAAAAACGUUGCCAUGAAAAAUCCUUCAGACACAAGACAGCUACUCGACCUGGAGUUUGACAUAACCGAAACCAUUGUAUUAGCGGAGAAAUUAUCACUUUCCCCUAUAGUUUCAGAAAAUAUCGACGAAAAAAUUUUGAUUUCCGUUCCAAAAUAUUCAUCGGACAAUGGUACCGAAAUGGAAAAAAAGAAAAGGAUGAAAGCCAUGCAUUACAGGCAAUUCUCGAGGAUAGUUUCACUUUAUCAGAGCUUGGAUUCGAAAACGAUCAACCAGUGGAAAUACAAAAUAUCGAUGAUGUCAUCAAUAAUCUCGAUGAUCCUGAACUGACUAUCGACAAUGAAGACGAUAGCACGGUGGACAUGAAUUGGGAGAACGACACUAAUUCUGGAAAUUAUCGGAGUGUUAAUCCAUAUGCCAUUCAUUGAACAAACUCUUCAUCUUCCGACGAAUUGCACGAGAUAAUACCUACCCAAGAAAUCGAAGUUGAUGAAAUACAAAACAGCUCUCAAGUCGAGGAAGAAAGUGAUAAAGAAAAUCAGAAUGACAACGUGAAUUCAACUGUUGAAGAUCCCAAUGAUAAAACGUUUGAUGCUUCCAAUCAACAACAAGAUCAUUCAGCGACUACGAGCAAUUUUUCGGAAUCGAAUAUCAAUGAAACGACAGUUUCGACUGAGGCAUCAAUGAAGAAAUUAAUCUAAUCCAGGAGCAGUCAAGACUGGUUCAAUUGACAAUCAAAAUCUCUUUGCAUUACCAAAUGUUUCAAAGAGCAAAUUGAGUUUUUGCAUGUAUUGCAAAAAAAUGCAAACUGUCAUCAGCCGUCAUUUAGAGCGCGUUCAUCGAGACGAGCCUGAAGUAAAAAAAUUCUCGGUCCUCAAAAAAGGAACUUAUGAAAGGAAACAAAUUAUAGAGACGUUGAAGAACCAAGGCAACAACAUGUAUAACACUGACAAGAGAUAUAAUCAGACUGGAGAGUUGUUGGUGUCUCGAAGACCAAGGGAGCGUCGAGUGGCCACGGAAUACAGGACUUGCCACAAUUGCAAGGGUUAUUUUUCAAAAAAAGCAAUUCGUCGACAUUUUCAAAGAUGUGUCGGAUCUUCAAGUAAACAUAAACGACACAACAUCAUUCUUUCUCGCCGCAUUGAAGGCCGUCUACAUGAGGACGCUUGUGAAAGAUUCGUUAGAAUCUUCUCAGUGUUAAGAGAAGAUGAAAUAACACGGCUAGUCAGAUAUGACGAACUGUUGAUAAAGUUUGGCAAUGCAAUGUGCGACAAAUAUAAAAAGCCACAGCAGGAGGCGAUGAUCCGGAAUCGUUUACGAACGCUCGGCCGGUUGUUGAAAGCAAUGAGAGAAGUAAGUCAGGAAAUCACUGACUUCAUGUCGAUCUACCAUCCAAAGCACUACAAAACUAUGAUUACCGCCGUGAAGAACCUCUCCGAUUUCAACGAAGAAACGGGAGCGGUUGAAAAUUCGUCUCUCGCCAUCAGCAUUGGCAUUUAUAUUACGGCUGUCGGCGAAUUUUUGAAAUUUCUCACAAUUGAAAAAGAUGACGAUGCCCAUCAGAAGCUCGUCGAAAAAUACCUUUUUCUUCACAAAUCACAGUAUACAGUCCGGGUUAAUCGCGUAGCUCUCGAAGCACAGGCCAAAAAACAUCGAGAGUUGAAGAAACCUCUGCCAACGACGGAUGAUAUCAGAAAAUUGUGUGACUACGUAAACGAAAAGAGGGCGGCUGCGUACAAAAAUUUAAAACAGAAAUAUACGUACGAAGGAUGGUUACAGCUGCUCCAGUAUAGCCUGAUAUCAAUCCAAAUUUUUAAUCGUCGUCGAUCAGGAGAGAUCGAGCGUGCGGAGAUCAGUGAUUUAAAGGGAAUAGAAAAGAUCAGUGGAGAAACAAAUCCCGAUACAUAUAAUCAACUGUCGGAAGAACAAAAGGCUACCGUUUCCCUAUACAGUCGACUCAUAAUAACUGGCAAACUUCAACGCGACGUGCCUGUUUUGCUUGACAAAGGAAUGGAGGACUGUUUGACACUGAUUCUGAGCUACCGUCAAAAUGCUCGGGUUCCGAGUAAGAAUCCUUUUGUCUUUGGCAUUCCUGGUUUCGAGGAUGGUCGGUUAAAAUAUUUGAGAGCGUGUCCGCUGAUGAGACAGUACGCGAACGAGUGUGGAGCCGAACACCCUGAGCGUCUACGAGGAACUUAUUUAAGAAAACAUAUGGCAACGAAUUGCGCAGCUCAAAAUAUGGAUGAGAAUGAGAUUAAGGACAUUGCUAAUUUAAUGGGCCAUGCUGAGGCCAUUCACCGAUCUCACUACCGGCAAUCGGUAGUUUCGCGAGACGUAGUUGGCGUAGCUAAAGCUCUUCGUUCCGCGAUGGGUUACGACAACAUGCCUAUAGCUACGAAUGAAACCAGCGAAGAAGAAUGCGCUCCGUUGCCCAGAGUUCAACAAGCCCGAAAAAAAAAGUGGCGCCGAAAAGGAAGAUGGCUCAGGAGCUCGAUUCGAGCGAUUCGUCUAAUAGUCCAGUCACCUUAGGCCAUAUUUUACGAAGUUCUAUUCAAGAGACCUAGAGGUUAGCCAAUUUUUUUAUAGGUUGUUUGGACCUACAGGAAUAUAGCCCUGAGUUUUCGAACAAAUCCGACUUGCACUUUUGCAAUAAAAAAUUAUUAAAAAAAAAAAAAUCGAUUUUUUUGAGUUGGUGCUCAGGGAACGCAUCUGAUCGAAAAACUUAACAGAUGAAAGUUGUUCGGCAUAACGUCCUCUAUAAAAAAGGUCUUAUACAAAAAUGCGCUAUCAUUGUUAAUUAAGCAGUUAAUUGCCAAUAAAGACAAAAAAUCACAACUUUGUUUUUGCUGCUACAAUCGUUUGUUUGUAGAGUAAUCGGUUUGAAAUUCAUACAAGAUGUAGGGAAUUCAAUGCCCAAGAGAAUGGUGCCAGAUUUAUUAACCUGUGAGAUAUAGUUUAGUAACAAUUUGCGAUCUUCGAAAAAACUUUGACAUCUCAUAGAAUUUGGCGAUGAAGGCCUACAGUGUAGAAAAAAAUCGAGGAGCUUCGUGUCACCGUGCACAAACUUUUUGGAAAAAAUAAAUCGUUUUUGUUGAUAAUAAAUAGUGUUUUUUGACGUUUUAAAAAUUUUGCUUAUAAACAAAUAGCAAUUCUGGACAAAGUUACAAAGAUAUUCGGAAAAAUCUUGGACCAUUCGAUGCGUUUUUGGAAAACGAACAAUUUAAAAAAAAAAGUCGCAAUAUCUCUAUUACAGACCGAGAUAUGAAUAUUUUUAUAUUUUUGCAAAUAUCUGUUGUUGAUAUUGAGAUUUUUGCAAAAAUCAAAUUCGAUAGCCUUCCGUAGGGUUCCGGCUAUGAGAUUCGAUAAAAUACUGACCUCCA